CGUCAUUGAUGAGAGUACACGUGAUGAUGAUGAUGAUGAUGAUGAUGACGACGGCUUUGAACUCACCUGAGACGGGAUAACACCGUGGCCACGUGGGGCGGACCAAUCGGUUCAAGGCGGCACAGAAGGGGCGUGGUUUUUAUGCGCGGACAGAGCUCUGAUUGGUCAGCAUGACGCUCACUCAACGUUCAGAGAAAAAAAAUCGGUUUUCAAGAAAUCAAGAAAAGGAGGUUCAGUCGGGUGCCUCUCAUCGGCUGGCUUUCUGGGUGGAAGACACCCUCGUACCCCCCGUCCCCAGUGUCAGCAUCUGCCCAGGCAGACAUACACCUAACUGCUCCACUAUGGAUUUUGGAACUUGCCCCUUCCGGAAGAAACGGAGACCGUGGCGCUUGGAUCUCUCCUCCAUCGCCUUGGCAACCGUGGUGCUCGCCGUGUGCCAGAGCACCUUGGCGCAGGCAGACCCAGUGGACGUUCUGCGGGCCCUGCAGGUUCCCUCUCUUCCCGAAGGCGUGAAGAAAGUCCCGGGCUUCUGCACAUCCCGGCGCUUCGGCAGCCCCGACCACGCCUACCGCAUCACUAAGAAGGCCCAGAUCUCCGCCCCCACCAAGCAGCUCUUCUCAGGUCGUUUUCCGGAGAACUUCUCCAUCAUGGCUCUGGUGAAGGCACAUGCGGGCCUCCAGGCCUUCCUGCUGUCCAUCUACAGCGAGCAGGGCGUCCAGCAGCUGGGCAUCGAGCUCGGACGCUCGCCAGUUUUCCUGUACGAGGACCAGAACGGAAAGCCCGCCCCCGAGGACUACCCCCUCUUCAAAGGCGUCAACCUGGCUGAUGGCAAGUGGCAUCGCAUCGCCUUCUCAGUGUCCAAGAAGAACGUGACGCUGCUGCUGGACUGCAAGAAGCGGAUGACCCGCCCUCUGCCCCGCGGCAACAACGCCGAGGUCGACACCAACGGCAUCACUGUGUUUGGCGCCCGUCUGCUGGACGAGGAGGUGUUCCAGGGCGACAUUCAGCAGCUACUGAUCGCCUCCAACGCUCAGGCCGCCUAUGACUUCUGUGAACACUACAGCCCCGACUGCGACUCCGCCCCCAAGACCCAGGCCCAGGACCCCAACACAUACAAGAUGGACGGUAAAGCAGCCCCCACCAAAUCCACCCCCGUCAAAGCCAAGCCCACCCCGCCCAAACCGGCCAAGGGCGGAACGUUCAAAGUAGUCAAGACUCCGAUGCCCGGCAAAGCUCUCAAGUCUUCCACAGCCAAGCCGUCCAAAGCCAAGCCCACCGCCGCCUCCAUCUUUUUGUCCAAGAUCAAGACCACGUCAACCGUGAAAGUGAAGACCACCGCCGCCUCGGCUAAGAACGGCAAAGUGGCUGCCGACAAGAAGGUCAAUGGAAAAACUGUUGUGGUAAAAACUGCUAAAAACGGUAAAGCUACCGGUGAGGCCAAGGCCAAUGGCGGCGGCAAGGCUGUCGUAGAGAAGAAGGCCUACAGUAACUCAAAGUCUUCAGCUGAGAAGAAAGUCAUCAGCAAGGCGACGUCCAAAGUGGGCGGAAAUGGGUUGACGACCAUUGAGGGGAAAGAAUCUAAGGUCAAAGUUUCAGGCAGAGCUGAGAACAAGGUCAGCAGUGAGGCUAAAGCUAAUAGCAACGGCAAAGUGACUGUGGUGGAAAAGAAAGGUCAGUCAAAAAUUGAAACCACUACGAAAGCGAAGACUGUCACCGUAAAAGUGGAGAAGACUACAAUGAGCACGGCAACCACCGCUUCCAAAUUGGAAGCUACCAAGGCUCCCAAGGCCACAAAAGCAGCAAAACCAGAACCAACAAAAGCAGCCAAAACUGUGGUGGAAAAGGUCAAAGUCAAAACGGUGGUCUCCAAAGUGCCCUUAGUCAAGGCCACGGCAAGCAAAGCAGUGAAGACUAUUGUGGAGAAGGUGCCUUUCGCCAAAAAGGUGCUCACAACAUCAGCUCCUGUCCGACCCACUCCACCGAGGCCCACCAAGUCCAAGGUUGUGCUGGACAUGAACAUCAAAUCCCACCACAAACCUUUCCCCCCUUUCGGCAAGACAGCGCUAAGCGGAACAGCCGUUCCCACCAAGAAAUAUGACAACGGUUACCAACAGGAUGUAGACACUGAAUAUUCCGAGGCUGGCCACACCCCCACAGAGACCGAUUAUUUCUAUGAGGAGACGCUGCCCCAGCCAGAGGGUGAGGUGAUUGGACAAGAAGAGAGCCCUACGCAGCCCCAGGUUGACCCGGUGUUGGUCGGGGAGGAGGUGGACUCCACCAAGGCGGCCGGCGUCGACGAGGAGCCCUUCGCCGAGGAGUACGUGACCGGCGACUUGGGUCUGAAGGAAUACGACUAUUCCUAUCGGGACUACAGCGAGCCGCUACAAGAGGCCGGAGAAGUCGAAGGCGACAUUGGCCCCGCCCUGUCCGCUGUGACAGACGAGGGAGGCGCGGCCUUCAGAGCUCAGAAGGGUGAGAAGGGUGAGCCUGCCGUCCUGGAGCCUGGAAUGCUGAUUGAGGGACCUCCCGGACCUGAAGGACCUGCUGGCCCCACCGGCCCCCCUGGUAGCUCCGGCCCUCCCGGUUCCGUCGGUGAUCCCGGCGAGAGGGGCCCUCCUGGCAAGGCCGGUUUGCCCGGUGCCGACGGUGUCCCCGGACCUCCCGGAUCCUCAGUGAUGCUGCCUUUCCGUUUCGGUCAGAGUGGAGGAGACAAGGGUCCUGUGGUGUCUGCACAGGAAGCCCAAGCAGCCGCCAUCUUGUCUCAGGCCAGAAUGGCUCUGAAAGGACCUCCCGGACCAAUGGGAUUCACCGGACGUCCCGGACCACAGGGAAACCCAGGAAGCUCUGGUCUGAAAGGAGAAAGUGGAGACCCGGGUCCCCAGGGGCCGAGGGGAACUCAGGGUUUGAUGGGACCACCCGGCAAAGCAGGAAGGAGAGGUCGUGCCGGAGCUGAUGGAGCGAGGGGAAUGCCAGGAGAACCCGGCACUAAGGGUGACCGUGGCUUCGAUGGUCUUCCUGGUUUGCCAGGGGACAAAGGACACAGGGGUGACACCGGACCCUUGGGGCCCCCCGGAACUCAAGGAGAGGAUGGCGAGAGGGGAGACGACGGCGAGGUCGGACCGAGGGGUCUCCCAGGUGAACCAGGACCUCGUGGUUUGCUCGGCCCGAAAGGUCCUGCUGGAAUUCCAGGACCUCCUGGUGUUCGAGGAAACGACGGACCCGUUGGUCCUAAGGGGAACCUGGGUCCUCAAGGAGAGCCCGGACCUCCAGGUCAGCAGGGGACAUCAGGAACUCAGGGAAUGCCAGGACCUCAGGGAGCAAUGGGAGCCCCUGGAGAGAAGGGCCCUACAGGAAAACCAGGUCUGCCAGGAAUGCCCGGCGCUGACGGCCCUCCAGGUCACCCAGGAAAGGAGGGCCCCUCGGGCACCAAAGGAAACCAGGGACCCAACGGCCCCCAAGGCGCUAUUGGCUAUCCUGGCCCUCGUGGUAUCAAGGGGGAGCAAGGAAUCCGAGGACUGAAGGGUCACAAGGGAGAGAAGGGAGAAGAUGGUUUCCCUGGAAUUAAGGGCGACUUUGGCGCCAAAGGAGAGAGGGGCGAGAUCGGAGUGUCUGGUCCCAGGGGAGAGGACGGCCCAGAGGGGCCAAAGGGUCGUGUUGGGCCUCCUGGUGAGCUCGGACCUCUCGGUCCCGUCGGAGAGAAGGGUAAACUUGGCGUCCCUGGACUUCCUGGAUACCCUGGAAGACAAGGACCCAAAGGAUCUCUGGGAUUCCCAGGAUUCCCCGGCUCAAACGGCGAGAAGGGAACAAGGGGUCUGACAGGCAAACCAGGACCAAGAGGACAAAGAGGACCAACGGGUCCCAGAGGCCAGCGAGGACCACGAGGGGCAACCGGAAAGCCAGGUGCCAAGGGAACCUCCGGAAGUGACGGUCCUCCUGGUCCACUCGGAGAGAGGGGAUUGCCCGGACCUCAGGGAGCCAACGGUUUCCCCGGACCAAAAGGACCUCCCGGUCCACCAGGAAAGGACGGACUGCCCGGACAUCCUGGACAGAGAGGAGAAGUUGGUUUCCAAGGAAAGAUGGGUCCACCAGGGCCUCCUGGAGUGGUCGGACCUCAGGGCCCAUCAGGAGAGACUGGUCCCAUGGGUGAGCGCGGCCACCCCGGACCCCCAGGUCCCCCCGGAGAGCAGGGACUUUCUGGCCCAUCUGGAAAGGAAGGCACCAAAGGAGACCCCGGUCCUCCAGGAGGUCCAGGUAAAGACGGACCUCCCGGACUGAGAGGCUUCCCUGGAGAGAGAGGACUGCCUGGUACACCUGGUGGCGGAGGACUGAAGGGAAGCGAAGGACCUGCUGGACCUCCUGGACCUGCUGGAUCUCCUGGCGAGAGAGGACCUGCUGGCACUGCCGGACCUGUCGGGCCCCCUGGCAGGCCAGGCCCACAAGGACCUCCUGGUCCUGCUGGAGAGAAGGGUGUUCCUGGGGAGAAAGGUCCAAUCGGCCCUGCAGGUCGGGAUGGAGUACAGGGUCCUGUGGGUCUUCCAGGCCCAGCCGGGACACCAGGAGGACCAGGAGAGGACGGAGACAAGGGUGAGGUGGGAGAACCCGGCCAGAAGGGAGCCAAAGGAGGCAAAGGAGAGCAUGGACCUCCCGGUCCACCCGGCCCAAUGGGUCCCGUCGGUCAGCCUGGUCCUGCUGGUGCUGAUGGAGAGCUCGGACCCAGAGGCCAGCAGGGGCCCUUUGGAGCCAAGGGAGACGAAGGAUCCCGAGGAUUCCCCGGAGCCCCUGGACCCAUCGGACUGCAGGGACUGCCAGGACCUCCGGGUGAGAAGGGAGAGACCGGUGAUGUUGGACCUCUGGGUCCACCAGGACCUCCAGGACCUCGUGGCCCUGCUGGACCUAAUGGCGCUGACGGUCCACAAGGGCCUCCUGGAGGUUUGGGUAAUCCUGGACCUAUUGGAGAAAAGGGAGAGCCUGGAGAGGCUGGACCACCUGGAAUUGGAGGAGAACCAGGAAAGAAGGGUCCGCGAGGCGAGCGUGGAGAGAAGGGAGAGGCCGGACAACCCGGAACUGCUGGCCCCCCCGGAGGCCGGGGACGACCUGGAGAUGAUGGUCCUAAAGGAAACCCUGGUCCAGUUGGUUUUCCCGGCGAUCCCGGUCCCCCCGGUGAGGUUGGACCCAGAGGUCAAGAUGGUGCCAAAGGAGAGCGAGGAGAAGAUGGUGAACAGGGAGAAUCUGGCUCUCCUGGUCCCCCCGGAGAGAACGGACCUCCUGGUCCCCCAGGAAAGAGGGGUCCUGCUGGGACGAGAGGACCUGAGGGGCGACAGGGAGAGAAGGGAACCAAGGGUGACCCAGGCGCCCUCGGUCCUCCAGGAAAGACCGGUCCCGUCGGUCCUCAGGGCCAACCAGGAAAACCGGGAACUGAAGGUCUACGUGGUCUCCCAGGAUCAGUGGGUGAGCAAGGAUCCCCCGGCCCGUCCGGACCCAAAGGACCACCCGGACCUGUUGGACCUCCAGGUUUGCUGGGUCUGCGAGGAGAUCCUGGUGCUAAAGGAGAGAAGGGACAUCCAGGUCUUAUCGGCCUCAUCGGACCCCCGGGAGAGCAGGGAGAGAAGGGUGACCGGGGUUUGCCCGGACCUCAUGGGUCAAGCGGACCCAAGGGAGAAACUGGAAUGCCCGGAGGCACUGGACCCCUCGGCCCUGCUGGUCCUCCUGGUCUUCCUGGUCCUCAAGGUGUUAAAGGAGCCAAGGGUGCCGCUGGAGGUGCUGGUCCUAAAGGAGAAAAGGGUGUUCAAGGACCUCCAGGACUUCCUGGCCCGCCGGGCGAGGUCAUCCAGCCCCUCCCCAUCCAGAGGAGCCCGAAGUCCAAACGCUCCAUCGACGCCAGCCAACUCCUCCCCGAGUCUGACCCCGACAUGCCCGCGUCCGACGCCACCGGGGCGGAGUUCCUGAUGGGCAGCGACGGCAUGGAGGAGAUCUUCGGCUCCCUCAACUCGCUGCGGCAGGAGAUCGAGACCAUGCGCUUCCCGCUGGGAACCCAGGACAGUCCGGCUCGCACCUGCCUGGACCUGCACCUCAGCCAGCCUGAGCUAAAAGACGGAGAGUACUGGAUUGACCCCAACCAGGGCUGCUCCAGAGAUUCCUUCAAGGUCUUCUGUAACUUCACCAGUGGGGAGACGUGCCUAAACCCCCACAAGAGCGUCAACACGGUGAAGAUGAGCUCGUGGGAGAAAGAGACUCCCGGAUCCUGGUUCAGUCAGUUUGCCGCCGGCAGCAAGUUCUACUACGUGGACUCGGACGGCGAGCCGGUGGGCGUGGUCCAGCUGGGCUUCCUUCGUCUCCUCAGCGUCCAGGCCCGCCAGAAGCUCACCUACCACUGCCACCGCUCGGUGGCGUGGGCCGACCGCAGCGCCAAGAACAACUACGACCGGGCGCUGCGCCUCCAGGCCGCCAACGAGGACGAGCUGAGCUACGAGACCUACCCUUACAUCCAGGCGCUGGUGGACGGCUGCUCCUAUCGUAAAGGCUUCGACAGGACGGUGCUGGAGAUCAACACGCCACAGGUGGAACAUCUCCCUCUGCUGGACAUCAAAGUGUCGGACUUUGGGGAGAGCAACCAACAGUUUGGAUUUGAAGUGGGACCUGUGUGCUUCCAAGGCUAAUCUCUCUCACACACGCACGCACUUAGAGACACCUACACACUCACACACACACCCAGUAAAUUAACUUGUAAAUGCUAUGGAAUACACACACACACACACAGAUGGACGGUGUUGCGAGGCAAAGGCAGCAUCCUCCGUGGGGGGGGGCAAAAGCAACAUAAAACAAGUGAAAGAGAAGUUGGACCACCGAGAGGAGCGGCUUCUUCACAAUGACGCAGCAUCCAAAAAAGGGGGCCAGCCAGCAAGAGGAAGCUAGCUGCAAAACUUGAGGCCCGGCGCCGCGACCCACCCCCCACACACCCCCAACCAAGGCCCGCCCCUUCUCCACAACAUUGCCCUGCCCCCUGCGAGCGCUCCAGAGGGUUUCCAGCUUCUUUUACUUUCACCGCCUUUUCGUAAAAAAAAAAAACCUCCUGCUUGGUCACAUGACCUCCACGCCGCCUGAAAAUGUGACCCACAAGUCCCUCUCCCCUCGUGUUCUGCACGCGGGACAGCAGCUCGUCUCCUGACAGCAAGGUUGCCAAAUGUUCCAGCAUGCCUUUUUCGCUGAAUAAAAAAAAAAAGCUUGUUUCCCUGAGAGAAAGCGUGUGGCAAAGUGCUAAUUGUGCCAAAGUUCAACUCCCGUUGUGACGUCAUCAAGCCUCCGCCUGGGCAAAUGUGCAUUACACUCCAUUUGUACAGAAAUAGUGAUAUUCUAUUGUAUUUAUUGAACAAACAGGGUGCUUUGAGAUUAAAAAAAAAAAAAGAAACGGACCACCAAACAUUCCAGUCACAUGUGGUAUAUUUCAUUUGUCUUUAUUUCCUUUUUUGGAAGACCAAAGAAUCAGCGGCCAUGCUGGAUUGUGACGUCAAACCUGUUCAAAUGUUUCCAGUCUAACCAUUAAAAAGGUGACUCUCCAGCUCUGUCUUCACGUGCGCUGCUUUCCGGGUUCAAGCUUUUCCUGCAUUUUUUUUUUUCUGAUGGUUUUAAAGUCUGCUUGAGUGCAUGAGUGGCGGGGAGGGAUAUUUG